AGCUUAGCAAUAGCCGCUUCGUGCUCUCCCGCGUGCGCUGAGGUGCGAUCCGUGGACUAGAGGGCAGGGGCGACCUGCGAGUGCGAGAUCUGGCUGGUACAUACUAAGGUCAUCCUCGCGACCUCUCUGCUGACCCGCUCAAGACAUGCAUCGUAACCCGACCACGUUCGCGACGAGCACCUCGUGGCGUUCAAUCUCGCAGCGCGCUGAGGGGAAAACCCAAGACGAUGUCCGUCCCUCAUUGCGGUCGCUUUGCGAUGAGGGCUGUCGCGCCCACCAUGGUGACCUGCGGGACGACGUGCGCCUGAGCUGGUCCUGCGUCGGCUGGCGCGCAUUGCAGACGUUCACAGGGAAGAUGUCUCGGAAGUCCCAAAUGUCGCGCUCAAGCCCCAGAGUUAUGCGCUUGAUCUUGCAGGAAAAGGACGGGUCAGAGGGCGGUGCGCUUUCCAUUCUUUCUCGAACGUGUGGUGGCUCAUACAUCUCCGGCUUAGCGGGUGGCGAACACCGUAUCCCCCGAGCGUUGAGCCUCAACCCUCGACGCGCGUCCACCACCCGCCUCCAUCGCCGUAAUCUCUGCAUCAGCCAGCAUGCGGACCUCAUUACGAAGCGCGCCCUAGCAUCAACACUGGCUCCGGCGACGCCCAGGCCAUUUCCCCGAGCGCGCGCGCGAAGUCGCCUUCAUGAGCGGCCUCGGGAUUUGUUCUCCGCGUUCCUUGCGGGUCGAGCUGUCGAAGGCGCAUGCGGUCGACGUUGGCGCGCUUCCAUCUCUUCGUACCUCAUGACGUGUUUACCUACUAUGCUGUCGUGUUUUCCCUCCAGCUGCCUGGUCUAUUAACCCUCGCCUCGUCCGCCCGCGGCUGCACCACUCAAGCAUCGAGAUCGCACCACUCUAUUUGAGCCUUCGGGGCCCCCUUCGGCGAGUCUCCCUGGC